AUGGCAACAUUAUCACGUAACCUUCGUUUAAAUAUAGAUUCACCAACCCAAUCGUUUGUACGUACAAAGAUUGUAUGUACCAUUGGUCCAAAGACAAUGUCUGUCGAAAUGUUGGUCAAAUUAAUUGAAACUGGUAUGAGCGUUUGUCGUUGUAACUUUUCACAUGGAACUCAUGAAUACCAUGCUCAAGUCAUCAAGAACCUCAGAGAAGCCGUCAAGAUUACCGGCAAGGACUGUGCCGUCAUGUUGGAUACCAAGGGUCCAGAAAUCCGUACCGGUUUAUUAGAAGGUGGCGAACCAAUCGAUUUGCCAGCUGAAACUGAAAUUAUAGUCGAUACCAAUACUGCCCUUCCAGGUAACAAACAAAGAAUUUCCGUCGAUUAUAAGGGUUUGAUUGACUCUGUCAAGGUUGGUGGACACCUUUUAAUUGCUGAUGGUGUCAUUUCAUUCUCAAUUUUGGAAGUUAAUAAGGAAAAGGGUUUCCUCAAGUGUAAGGUUAAUAACAACUCAAAGCUCGGAGAAAAGAAGAACGUUCAUUUACCAGGAGCAAUCGUCACAUUGCCAGCUGUUGCUGAAAAGGAUAUUGAGGAUCUCAAGUUUGGUGUUGAACAAAAGGUUGAUUUCGUCGCUGCCUCUUUUAUUAGAAAGGCUGAAGACGUCAAUGAAAUCCGUGGUAUUUUGGGUGAAAAGGGUGCCACCAUCCAAAUCAUCAGUAAGAUUGAAAACGAAGAAGGUAUCAUCAACUUUAACGAUAUUCUCGAUGCCUCUGACGGUAUUAUGGUUGCCAGAGGUGAUCUCGGUGUCGAAGUUAAUAUGGAAAAGAUCUUUAUCGCUCAAAAGAUGAUGGUCUCAAAGUGUAAUGCUGUUGGAAAGCCAGUUAUUACUGCCACUCAAAUGUUGGAAUCUAUGAUUAAGGCUCCAAGACCAACCAGAGCUGAAUGCACUGAUGUUGCUAAUGCCGUUUUGGAUGGUACCGAUUGUGUUAUGCUUUCAGGUGAAACCGCCUCUGGUGAUUACCCACUCGAAGCCGUCGAUAUCAUGGCCAAGAUUUGCAGAGAAGCCGAACUUGUCGAAUCCAGUACCGAUUAUCAUACUCUUUUUGCUGCCUUGAAGAUUCACACUACCAAACCAAUCUCUGUUGCUGAAACUGUUGCUUCAUACGCUGUUGCCACUGCUAUUGACUUGAAGGCUGAUUUGAUUAUUACAUUGACUGAAACCGGUUUGACUACCAGACUCGUCAGCAAGUACAGACCACCCAUUCCAAUUGUUGCCGUCACCUCUUGGGAACACACUGUUAAGCACUUGAUGUCCACUCGUGGAACCAUCCCACUCUUGGUUGACUCCUUGGUCGGUACCGAUAAGCUUGUAGAAUAUGUCCUCGAAUAUGCCAUGAAGAAGGGUUACUGCCGUUCUGGUAGCAGAGUCGUCAUUGUUUCUGGUGUCAUGGAAGGUGUUCCAGGUUUAAUCGAAAAAAUAUCUAAAAAAUUGUUAUAA